UGACGUUUGGGCGCGCGCGCAUUGCAUUGUGGUCGCCGGUGCUUAGCUCAAAACAGAAAGCAGAGCUUCAAUCAUCACCAGCGGUUUCAAUUUUACCUGGACACAGAAUCGAAAGCUCCUUAUUUGGCUUUUCCGGACAGCCAUGUCUACAUCACAGAAACACAAAGAGUUUGUGGCUGAGCCCAUGGGCGAGAAGCCUGUCAUGGCUCUGGCGGGCAUCGGAGAGGUCCUGGGCAAAAGACUGGAGGAAAAAGGUUUUGACAAGGCAUACGUCGUCCUGGGGCAGUUUCUGGUGCUUAAAAAAGAUGAGGAGCUUUUCAGGGACUGGCUGAAAGACUCCUGUGGGGCUAAUUCCAAACAGCAAGGCGACUGCUUUGGAUGCCUUAAAGAAUGGUGUGACGCCUUCCUAUAAUCCUUUUACUGGCUGGUUUUCUACUGAAGUUCAAAAUGUACAUUACCUCUUCAGUGAUCUUCAUUUAGUUCAGCAGCAACGUGUGUAUGUUCCACACUGUUCACACUAAUUAGGUUGAUUGAUAAAUGCUCUUUUUAAAUAGAUCCAAACUAAUUGUAGCCAAGCCACUCUCUUAGGUUGUCACAUUACCAGAUAGCAACAUAGCCAUUUCAUGCAAAAAAUUUUAACCCCUCUUUUAGUGUUGAAAGCUCAAAAAUAUUGAUGAUAUUAUACCAAAAAGUUGUGUUACAGUUGUGCAGAUCAGCACAGCUGUGACACUCCUUGUUAAUGUGUUAUGAUGGACACAGAUGUGUUGAAAAGCACCCGGUUACAACAAGUUUCCAUCUCUUUAAGGGGAAACAGCUCACUUUCAUCUUUUUUUUUUUUUUUAAAGGCUUAAAAUAUCAGGUCAGAUGAUUCAGUUGUUGUUUGUCCUGUACUGAAAAUGUUGCCUUCUUUAAGCUCAAACAGUGCUACUGUGUCCUGUGUUUAAACCUUUGACAGAAAUGGUAGUUCAGUUGCCAUUUCUCAUACGGUUAAGACGAGACCAUGUCCACUUUCAGCAGUGAAGUGGCCUUAAUGAGAAAACGGUCAAAGCUCUCUCAUCAAGGCCACUGGAAUAUUUGAGUGAAGCUUCAUCCUUUUGAAACUUAACCCCUAUCAUAGUUUCAUAUCAUGUACUGUACGUACACCACAGGUUUUUUUUUUUUGUGUUAAGGAAAUGUUAAAAAGGCUCAGUGCCUAUCAAAGUUUGUUUUAUUUUUUAAGAAUGUGGCUGAUCAGUGAGACAGCUAAACCUGAACUGAGGCUCUAGUCUGCGCACAGGUGCCUCUGUUUCAGAACUGGACAUGUUGAAGUUGUGGUUUUAACCUCUGAUACUGCAGAUAAAUACGCAAUACGCUCCCAAAGCCUCCUCAGACCUGAUGGAAAUGUACGGAAAUGAAGGUGCAGAUGGAGCAAACCCAAACACUUUUGUGAAAGUUUAAAGACCCCGUUUAGAAGUUGAAUAUUUCGAAUGCAGAUGGAGUUCCACCCACAUGUCUCUGAAGCUGACUGUGAUGGUGUCUCCAGCUGCUUAUUAAAACAUGAGAUGCCUUAAUGCAUGCUGCCAGAUGUAAUGAGAUCCAGUAAGAGACGCACGCUCCGGCUUUAUCAUUAAUCCAACCUGUCACCAGCUGCAUGCAGAUGUGUUCACUGUGUUCCUCUCGGUUCAAACGCCCACCGGUCUGGCUCGACUGUGAAAGAAGAUCCUCACUGCUUUUAUAUUGCUUUGAUUUUAAAACAAUAAAAUUAAAGUGUCAUAUUUAGAAGUCUUUAUACAUUGUUCUGAUGUUUAUCCAAUAAAAUCACAAGAGACAGAAAACCUUGGAUGACAGGA